CCUCUCUUACUUUUGGUCCCUCAUAAUCUUUGCCCACUAACUCGCCGCACAGAGAGGAUCGAGAGUCGAACACAGCAGGUUUUCCAUCAAAUCAUGGGAUAGUGACAGCACUUUUCUCUCAGGGGUUUCUGCUCGGAUGUGGAAUAUGACUGUGGCGCUCUGUGUACACUUUUCCUCUCAUCUGUGGGGAUUACAGCAGGAAUAGACUGUGUGCUUGUGUAUGUGUAUGUUCAGCACUAUGCCUGAUUCUGAAGGUUCUGAGUGCAGCAGCAGAAGUGGAUCAGCAUGAGAGGUGGUCACCACCAGCGAGGUUGUGGGUGUCAGCACCUGUUCAGAAAACUACUCAGCAAAUGUGGCUGCUGCUAUGUCCGAGUCAGAGCAGAGUCAUACUCUGUGGCGGGCAGUGACGGCAGUAUCGGUCCAUCAGUGGGCUCGGUGCCCCACCAGGCCUCGGGCAGCUCCAGCCCCUGCUCACACUCCUCAUCUGGAGGAACACGGCACCCUGUCAGCGCCCUGAAGAAGUGGCUCACCAAUCCUGUCCGCAAGCUGAGCUCCGAUGCCAGAAGUGGAGCGGGAAAAACUGAGAAGCAGAUGUUCAGCUCAGACGGGAUGCAACCGCCAUCACUCCUCUCCCAAAGUGAGGCUCAACAAAGGCCUCUGGAAAUGCACGAGAACUACACCAUCCUCCGCUCAGGAGACAUGGAGUGGAAAGACGGCCUCUUGAGUCCAGCAGCUCAGUCAGCUUCACAGCCGCCCUGUCAGAGCUACUUUUCUGACCUCUUGCAAGGAGGAGACAGACAGAGUCUGAGCCAAAAAUCCAGCGUCUGCACUCUCCAGGGGGACGACAGCUGUCCGGUGACUGAUGACUCGGCCAGCCAGUGGUCUGCUACAGUCGACAGCGAAGAAGAGAGAAACGUUGCCUUAGAGAAGAGCAUAUAUGUCCUGACUGAGCUGAUAGAGACAGAAAGGCUGUAUGUUGAAGAUCUUGGACUCAUAGUUCAGGGCUACAUGACCACUAUGACCAGUCAGGGAGUUCCAGAGGACAUGAGAGGGAAGGACAGGAUUGUGUUUGGAAACAUCCACCAGAUCUACGACUGGCAUAAAGAUUAUUUCCUGGGAGAGCUGGAGAAAUGUGUGGGUGAUCCAGACAGCCUGGCCCAGCUCUUCAUUAAACAUGAACGACGUCUUCACAUGUAUGUCGUUUACUGCCAGAACAAACCCAAGUCAGAGCACAUCGUCUCUGAGUACAUCGACACCUACUUUGAGGAUCUCAGGCAGCAGCUGGGUCACCGGCUGCAGCUCAAUGAUCUGCUUAUCAAACCUGUUCAGAGGAUCAUGAAGUAUCAGCUACUGCUGAAGGACUUCCUGAAGUACUACAGCAAAGCUGGGAGGGACGUUGAGGAGCUGCAGAAAGCGGUGGAGGUGAUGUGUUUCGUGCCAAAACGCUGUAAUGAUAUGAUGAAUGUGGGAAGGCUCCAGGGUUUUGAGGGGAAAAUCACAGCUCAGGGGAAGCUGCUGCAGCAGGAUACCUUCUCUGUCAGCGAGCAGGAAAGUGGCAUCCUGUCCAGGCCGAGAGAGAGGAGGGUUUUCCUCUUUGAGCAGCUGGUCAUCUUCAGUGAGCCGAUUGACAAGAAAAAAGGCUUCUCUCUGCCAGGAUACACCUUUAAAAACAGCAUCAAGGUGAGCUGUCUGGGUGUGGAGGAGCAGUCUGAGGAGGACCUGUGCUGUCUGGUUCUGACCUCUCGGGGGACUGACGGCAGUGUGAUGCGCUUCAUCAUGAAUGCAUCGUCUCCGGAAAUACAGCAAGCUUGGCGCGAUGACGUGGUCCAGAUUUUAGAGACUCAGAGGAACUUCCUUAAUGCCCUUCAGUCCCCAAUAGAAUACCAACGCAGAGAAGGCAAGUCGCACAGCUUGGGCAGAAACAUGAAGUCUCCAACUGCACCAGCAUCCGGCCUGCGACCUCACUCCUCAGCAUCCAUGGACAGACGUCAGCCGCCCUGCCUGCUGUCCUACAACAACUCCCUGCCCUCUCUGCAUUCGUCCAAACGCAGCCUGGCUUCAAACGUGGUUUCUAACCCCAGUGACGUGAUACCUCAAGCAGCUCGUCCUUCACUUUCCUCCCACCAGCAGCUCAGUUUGAGAGCAGAGGUGAAACACGACCGCGACUCGUCCAACGGCCUCCCGCCGCCCUGCAGCCAUCACACCCUCAAGGGUGUCUCUGCCAGUUUCCAGGCGAUCACCUUCUACGACAUCAGGACGUAUUCAGCACAUCAACUGCACAACUUAGAUCAGCUGAAGGAGAGCGAGCAGUAGAAACCUGCAGUGACGCAUGAACUCACUUUGCCCCUCUGGAGCUGAAGCGCCUCGACUGAGUGUGAGUGCUCCGUCAGCAUGGUCAGAGCCACAUUGUCUCACAUUUCCUUUCAGUACGGUUGUGGUGCAGGCUAAUCUGGACCGGAUCGUGUACGUCAUAGUGGUGUGAUUGUGUUCAUUUGAGUGUGUGGAUAUCCUGCGUGUGCACAUACAUGCACAUUAUUUACAGAUGGUGGUAAUGGAGAUGAAAUGUGUGACCAUAUGGUUUAAAAUCACCACAGAGACUCUGCUUCAUGUUGUAUUGUUAUAAAUUUCUUACUCUUUCCACUGAAAAUCCCUCGAUGGAUAUUUUUGUAAUGUAUAAUAUUUUUCAUAAAUGAUCGAUUCCACUUUAUUUCCCAGAGAACUGAGAUCUCAUUCCCUUUAUGUAGCCAUAACUCUCUGUCCUCAAAGAACUGUCAUAACCUUGACACCGGUGACUGAUUGUUUAUUUCAGUUUCACUCUGAGUUCUGGAUCCAUAAUGUGUAUCUGUGCUUUCCCUACAGAUUAGCAAAUCGCUGUGUUUUCCGUUCGGUGGGCUAUUUUAACCCUGCCAUUGUCACUGUUAUCUGGACUGAACACAUUUGGAAACUCACACAAAGCACGUGUCAAAAUCAAGGAGAAAGAGGAAAAAGGGAACAAAGAUAAAACAGGUGCUCAUCUGUCACUGUCGUCUUGAAUGUAAAUAAUUUUUGUGUGGAAUCAUAUCAAUGAAACUUGUGCUGUCCUGAUAAACACAUAGAAUUAAAGAGAAAUGCUGUUCAGGCAUUUAUCAUUUUUCCUGAAAA